AUGUAAUUGUCAUUUUUAUUUGAUCCGUUUUUCUUUAUUUGUCUUUGUUGCUUCCGGUUCUGAGCCACUCGCCCUCUGAUUGGCUCUCGCCCUCGGGGGCGGAGCUUGGCGGGGCCUCCUCCUCUAUGCGGGUUUUGUUGUUAGUAGCGGAGCGCAGUCCGUGGAGGCCGUGUGUGUCUCUGACGUGUCCGCCGGGAGCACGCCGAUGGUCGCCUGAGAGGACUAACAAGAACCGGGGAGGGGGGUGUUUUUUUUAAUUUUCCCAGCCGAGACCGGGGACUACACCGGUUGCUCGCCACCUGAGCCCCAGGGAGGUGGACCAAGCCCCGGCCGACAUGGGCAACAGUUUGUCCAACGUGUCCGCCUUCCAGUCGCUCCACAUCGUCAUGCUGGGUCUGGACUCGGCCGGCAAGACCACGGUGCUGUACCGGCUCAAGUUCAACGAGUUCGUCAACACGGUGCCCACCAUCGGCUUCAACACGGAGAAGAUCAAGCUGAGCAGCGCCAAGGGCAUCAGCUGCCACUUCUGGGACGUCGGCGGUCAGGAGAAGCUCCGCCCCCUCUGGAAGUCCUACAGCCGCUGCACGGACGGCAUCGUCUACGUGGUGGACUCCGUGGACGUGGACCGGCUGGAGGAGGCCCGCACGGAGCUGCACAAGGUGACCAAGUUCGCGGAGAACCAGGGCACGCCGCUGCUGGUCAUCGCCAACAAGCAGGACCUGCCCCGCUCGCUGCCGGUGGACGCCAUCGAGAAGCAGCUGGCCCUGCACGAGCUGGCCCCCGCCACCUGCUACCACGUGCAGCCCGCCUGCGCCAUCAUCGGCGAGGGGCUGCACGAGGGCAUGGACAAGCUGCACGAGAUGAUCGUCAAGCGGCGGAAGAGCCUGAAGGCCAAGAAGAAGCGGUGACGUCACAACCGGAUGUCCGACUUUGCACUUUUUCCCCCCCCGAGUACGAAACUCGGGUCCAAAAUAGUCCGUUCCGGGGUCAAGCUGCGGCCGUGGGGGGGAAAAAAAAACCCAAAACUUCCUCGUCUCGGGGAGUGUGACAAGAACACUGAAGGACGUCACAGCGUGGCCGUGGGAACGUCCACGGUGGCCGCAGUUUGACUCCGGAACGGACCAAUUGCCGUUGUUUCCUAUGGGAAUCUUUUAGGCUGGCGCCGCUCGUCCGAGGUUGGCGGGCACGCGCGCGAGCAGACAUUCACAAAUGUGUCGCGCGCCUGCUGCAGUUUAGUCUGGGAGAUGUCUCGGUAUGGACCACACACACGCACACACACACGCACACACACACACACACACACGCCAUGGAAAAACUGUUGCUAAUAAUAUGACCGUGCGGUGGAAAUACGAGUUCAUAAAAGACGUGUUGUAAAAAGAAAAAAAAAAGGGUGUUCCUAAUAAAGUGGCUGUCAUCAUCA